UAUGGAUUAUUUUGCAUAUAAUAAAAGAAGGUCAAUUUCAGUUGAAAUUACAUUGCCAGAUGAAUUCCAGGCAACAACAAAUGAUUAUAGCAGUAAUUCAAUGCCUUCUACACCUACUAUGUUUAUUCAUGACACUGGUAAAUCACCUUCAAGGCCAACAUGUAUUCGUUAUUCUGCUUCAUUUUUUGCGCCAGAGAGUUCUACACACCACAAACACCAUGACAGUGUAGAUGCAACUACCAAUAAACUACUUCAUUUGUCUCUCUUGUCUAGUUCUUUACCAUCACCACCAACCACGCCUCAACAACAUACGGUUAUACCAUAUAUGUCUCUCUCAUUGCCUCCUCAGCCAACCAAACUCAAACGAAGGUUCAGUAAUCCACCUCAUACAGUUCAUUCUCCACGUCUUCAUAUCCUACUGGUAGAUGAUAACAGUAUCAAUCUCCAAGUCUUAUCUCGAUUACUCAAUAUGCAUUUAAACGAUGUGAUUGAACAUUUAGAACUUGUCAAGAGUGGCAUUAGAGCACUAGAGAUACUGAAAUGCAGACCCUUUGAUCUUGUGUUGAUGGAUAUUGAUAUGCCUAUCAUGAAUGGCAUUGAAACAACAAAGCAUAUUCGAUCAUCUACAGAAUUUGAUAUCCUGCCACAGAAUCGCAAGACACCAAUUGUGGCUGUAACUACAAAUGACUCAGCAAAAUGGCGUCAACUUUAUACCGAUAUUGGCAUGAAUGGUUGUAUCAGCAAACCUAUUUCACCUCUUGACCUCAAAAAGACAUUAACAGGAGUACUUGAUCUUCCUUUACCUGUUCCACCUUAUACACCAGAAUAAUAAUAAUACUGUUGAUAAACAUAUACCCUAAUUUAUUUAUAUAUAUCUACACCCCCUUCAUUUUGUGUGAAAUAAGUAUUUGUUGUUGUUUUAAUAUCAAAUGGAACACGGGGCUUGCAGGUGUAACAGUUUCUUCCCUUGUACGCACGUGCAUUGCUUGGCCUAUUUCUCGGUCCGAUUAUUUUAAAUAAAAUAAAAUAAAAAAAGUUUAUGCAUGUGAUGGAUUUUUGUUUCAUCCACGGAAAAUCUAAAUCGAUGGAAAAUAGUAAUAUAACAUUUUA